AUGUUCAGCUGCUUAUUGUUGCAACACUUUUUUGUUUGUAUUCACGUUAUUGCUCACGUUAUUUGUCGCGUUUACAACUCAAUGUUUAUUGCAGUAGUUCUGGUUAAUAAUAUUGCUAAAACUUUUUUAUUUCAGGGUUUUUGGAAAAAGUUUGGAGAAUAUCGUGAACAGGCAGCAGUUUAUUACAAACAACGAUUUAUUGUAUUAUUGAAAGGAGAAGAACCUAAUGAUUAUUUGGUAUGGAGCUCAUAUCCCUUGCUUAAUCAUGCUGAAGAAGCUCAUGCUCGAAUUGCAGUAGUAGAAGAAUAUGAAAUUGAUUUAAAUGAUGAUGAGAAACCUGACCAGAUAAGUUUGAUCAUGCCUUUUUUUAGGAUAAAUGGAAUUAGAGAACCAUCACAUUUCGGAAAAAAACGAAAGAUUCACAAAUCUACUCGUUUUCAGAUCGAAUUGAAUGUGACAUUUCCUCUAACGGAUAAAGAUAGAAUUCAUGGAGUAUUUUUCAUAUUCUUUUUCGACUACAAACUUGAUUAUAGAUCACGAUUUUCGAUGGAGGCUGCAAUAAUCGAUGAUUUGGAGCGUAUUUUUCCAUCUUCAUCGUUAACAGUUUCUGGAGAACUUUGGUUAGAUCAAAUGAUUCCUUUCUGGAGUAGUGGCUUCGAUUCUGAUCACGGCGGACUUUUGAUCAAUGAAUCAAGUUUGGAUUUGAUUCAAUAUAAUCCAACUAUUAUUGCUUCGCGCCAUUCACUCAAGAAUUUUACUACAACAUUAAAAAGGCAUUUUAUCUUCCACGGCCAACAGGAUAUAAGGAGAAAAUUUGUUACAUGGACUCCUCGACAAGCAGAUAGUAGCCAUUUUGUUCUUCACUUAUCAAUACGAAUCAGUGAGCAACAACUAGUGUACCAAACAGGCCUUCUUGAGCUCUUCAAGUGGGCAUGGAUUCAGUAUUUUGCUUUUUUUGUUGUUGUGAACUUUUUUGUUCACAAAGUGCGCAGAUUCCUAUUUGAGAACCAUCUUCUGGAUACAAUUAUCAAAACAGAAUGA